AUGGAGGUUCUAUUUGUUCACCUUGCUAGAAAAGUCGAUAGUUUACGAAAAGGGGAAAAGAAUGCCACUUCCGACUGCAGUAUUUCUUGUUCGAUAUGGCGGGCCAUGAUGGCAGAGUUUAUCGGAACGAUGUGUCUGGUACUUAUCGGCUGUGGAGUUGCCAUUACAACUAAAGAUACAGAGGAAGGGAUAAUAAAGAUCGCGCUGGCGUUUGGUCUGGGCGCCAUAGCCUCCGUUCAGAUGAUUGGUCACAUUUCCGGUGGUCACAUCAAUCCUGCAGUCACAGUUGCCAGCGUGAUAUCAUUGGACACGGGCUUCCUCCGAGGACUGUGCUACGUCAUCUCACAAUCUGCCGGCGGGAUUGCUGGAGCAGCCAUAUUGUUAGGCACUGUUCCCUCAGCAGUCUCCACCUCCCUUGGAUCCACCGUACCGGCACCUAGCGUUACUUAUUGGCAAGCAUUUGGGGUGGAGUUUGUUCUCACCUAUAUUCUCGUGUUCGCUAACGCCGCCAUUUCUGAUUCCAACGCGCAUGUCGCCGGUCACACGUCACUUCCGACAGGGCUGAUUAUAGCCGGUCUUCAUCUUCUCGGGAUACCACUGACCGGAUGUGGGAUUAAUCCCGCGAGAUCUCUCGGACCUGCUGUUAUUUCCGGAACAUGGACACACCACUGGGUCUACUGGGGUGGUCCGAUAGGGGGCGCUAUACUAGCUAGUUUGUCUUACAAAUAUUUGUUAAGCCCGUAUAGACACUUGCCUAGCGUGGAGGAAGCCAUCGAGAAAGUAGUACACAGUGACCCUAUACUAGCAACAAUCCGAGACUUGUCUACUCAGAGUCAGCUGGCGACGGUCAACAAGUCCCUGCCUUCUCGGGGCCGCACGCUUUGGGAGAGACCAGAUAUUCCUUCCGUCUACAGGCCGGGGUCAGAGUAUGAAAUCAUCCCACAUCUCCUAACAGAGGACCGGGUGUGA